AUGUCCUCCGGGUCCGCCCCGCUAUCCCCUCCCCACCGCGGGCAGCUCUCGGGCCCUGCCAGGCUGCCGAUGGUGGGGGAGGAACCUCCCCGAGGAUUUCCUCUCUUCCCGAACCCCCCCCACCCCCCGCCCCUCCCGCCUCCCCGACCCCCGCGGCCGCCGCCUUCUCCCGAGGGGAAGCGCCUCCACCGGCCGCGCUGCGUGUGCGCGGAACGUUUGUCGGCGCGCCGCAGGGUCCCCCAUCCCGCGCUGCGCGGAGCGGCUCGGCAGGAGGCGGCGCGCCCCUCUCCAGCUCCGCUCCGCCUCCGCGAAUCACCAUCGCCGGCCCCGCCCCUCCCGCGCCUUCAUUGGUCAAUUCCUCCCGCCAGCACCGCCCUCGGAGCAUGCUCCACCAAUCACCACGCGGGACACCUCCUCCCUCCCACCGCCAUUGGCCAGCGGCGCUGUCCAUCAGGCGCGGCGGCGGCGGCGAUGCCGGUGCCGGCGGCGGGCGCGGAGCCGCCGCGGCGCGGAGCCGCCGCCCGGCCCGGGCUCGGCGGGGCGGGCGGGCCGGGGCCGCGCAGCCCGCGGGCCCCGCAGCGGCCGCCGGGGCGCCGCCCGCCGCCGCCGGCACCGCUGCUGCGGCCGUAG